AAUAAAAAAACCUAACCGACUUGCAUCAAUCCUUUUGAACCUUGGAUUAGAUUGAAGGGUGGAAUUGUUCCGCAGCUAAAACAAAGAAGAAACAAAAAUUGAGUGGCGAUAGAAAGCAUAAAUUGAAUUUGGGGAAACUUCAAUAAAUCAAUAAAUCGAGAAAAAAAUGUCGGUUCGUUUGAUGAAGAAAAUCUUGAAAGAAGAAGAACCAGCUGAGCCUCAACAACUCAUCAAUAGCGAAGAUGAAUCUGAAUCUCCUCCUCCUCAUUCCGCCACUUUUCAUAACCCCUUCGAUCUCCUUGACGAAGAAGAUGAUGAUGGUGUUGACCAGGAAAACCAGGCAGAUAUCAAUGAUGGAUCCUCAAUCGAGAACAGCAAUGAGAAGCAAUCGUCCACGACAAAAACCACUCCUGAAGCUUUUGUGUUGUCAGAUAGCAAAUUUAAGAAAAAGAAAAAGAAGAAAAACAAGAAGUCACAACCAGGAGCUAAGGAUAAUGAGAACUCUUGGAAUGAGUCAUUCGAACAAUUAUCAAUUAAAGAUGACUCUUCUCAUCUGGAGCAUGUUGCUCCUGAUACUGGAAAAUAUGAUCUGACAAGUUUAAAUGGCAGAGGAAAAGUGGUCAAGCAGUGUACAUCUUCUGUCUUACAAUUGGACCCGAAAUUUCUUAAUGCAGAAAAUGAACUUCGAAGGAUAUUUGGUUCUAAAGUGGUGAAAUCAUUCGAAAAGGGUCAUCAAACUGGAAGUUCUAGACAGUCAAGAGGUGGAAGGCGUGGGAGCCAGAACCAUCGAAAGACUAUUCUUGUUUGUCCUUUAGAACAUUGGCCAAGGUGGGAUGGAUCACUGUCGAUGGAACUUGUGGAAACCAGAGAUGGGAUAUCCGAUUUUAGGUAUGUACAUACAUCAUCCUAUAGCCAAGCCCAGAAAGCAUUUGAAAGUGCUAAGGCAGUUCAUGAUUUUAAUGGUAUCGUGAAUAUUCUGUUGCAUCAUCCGUAUCAUGUUGAUUCACUUAUUACAUUAGCUGAAUAUUACAAAUUCAGUGGUGAACAGCAAAUGUCGGCUGAUUGUACUGCUAGAUGUCUCUAUGCAUUGGAAUGUGCUUGGCAUCCAAUGUUCACUCCUUUGAUGGGCAACUGUCAACUUAAGUUUAGUUGUGAAAUCAACAAACCGUUGUUCUCUGUGCUUUUCUCCCACAUGAAAAACAUGGAUAGACGUGGCUGCCAUCGGUCUGCCCUUGAGAUCUGCAAAUUGUUGCUUCUACUAGAUUCAGACGAUCCAAUGGGUGUCUUGUUCUGCAUUGACUACUAUUCUUUACGAGCAGAGGAAUAUACAUGGCUGGAACAGUUCUCUGAGCAAUAUAAGAGUGAUAAUUCUUUGUGGUUAUUUCCAAAUUUCUCCUAUUCUCUUGCUGUGUGCCGAUUCUAUGUUGAAAAUGAGGAACAUGCUAAAGAGAUAAAGGCUGAAGAUUUAAAAGCUUCUUCAGCAGAUCUUAUGAAGCAGGCAUUGAUGCUACAUCCUUCAAUCUUGAAAAAGUUGGUGUCGAAGGUACCUUUAAAGGAUAAAGCCUGGACUAGCAUAAUCAAGCACAAUUUCUUUAGCUCUGAUCAAACAGGGACACCCUCCUUAGAUCACUUGAUCAAUAUAUAUGUCGAAAGAAGCUAUAUUAUAUGGAGGCUUCCUGACCUCCAGAAGUUUCUUAGGGAUGCUGCACUCUCGGUGAUUGAGACACUGCAGAAUGAUGGGAAUGAUGCUAGAGACUGGACGUGUGUGAGAAAAGAAGCGUUUUCAUCUGAGAAAAAUGAGUAUUCUCACUUGCUGGUAUCAGAUUUCUCUGAUUCAGUUCCGACUUUGCCUCCUGAUAACUUACAGAAUUUCAUGGUUGACCCAAGGGGAGAGGUGCCAAAUGAUGCACAGCCUGCAAACCACCAUGUCCAAGAUCUUUCAGAUCGAAACGCAAUUGCUGUCUUGCUCGAGUCUAUGUUACCGUGGAUUAACUACGGUUCAGGCCAUGACCGCCCUGAUCAUGAUGAGCAAGCGAAUGAAGGAUAGUUUUCUUUUAGUGAGGUAUUAAUUUCAUCCAAAUUGGUAUCUGGCAUUGCUUCAUAAUCAGUCAUCUUUUAUAUCCAACUUAUGUAAUGAUACUCUUCCCGUUGUUACCGUCCAAAAAGUAAUUCAGGGGCAAGUUGUGUAUAUAGUUGAAUUUCCCUU